AUGCCCGACUCCGAAGACGAGGCGGACUCACGAAUAGCCUCGGUCGGCGCACAGCGCGCCCGAAAGUCGCGGUCCUCAUCCUCUGCCCGUUCCUCGAGCAAUAGCGAUUUCCGUACCGUGAAGAAGCAUCGGCGGAAUCCAUCCGCAGCAGAUCGUGCCGUCGUGGACUUUGUCCCCCGCGGUGGGACUUUUAGUCAAAAACCCCUGGAAAUCGACCCUGAUGAUACGUCAAGCUCAGGUUCCGACUCAGACAAUGCGAAUGCCAACAACUCGGAGUCGUCUGGAGGGGUCGCGGUGACAAAUCCCCAUGCGGGCAACACCGCGCCAGCCAUUAGCUGGAACCAAGGCAGAAAGAACGCGGUCCGCACAACGCUGGGAAAGCGCAAGUCGGGGCCCCAUUCUCAGUCCCAGCUCCAGCCUAGCGAGACAGCGCAAUUCAAGGCAGUCAAUAACCAAUUCUGGCGUUCUCGCAGUGCCUCUGCCUCAUCUGGGACAAACAGUGAGGUGCAAAAGGAUGGGGCCGCGUCGGAGGAAGACAGUGUCUCCGAAGAGGGCGAGGUCAAAUCUCCGCAGAGCGAUUCAGACGACUCGGUGUCUUCUGAUUCCGAGGCCGACGACUCCAUACUCUUGAACAUUGGGACCAGCAAUGACCACCCCGUAGAUGACUACGAUCCCGAGUCUUUGAUUGUGGACCAUUCUCAGGCGGCCAACGGGCACUCUAAUGGUUUUGCUUCUGAUGUGGAUACUAUGCCCAUUCAGGGCGGAUCAAAAGAGGCGGCCUUCCAGCAAUUCUCUCGCAAGUAUCCAACUCCUCCCAGUUCCCUGGGAGACUUGAAAGACGCCGACUUGGACAGGCAAAUGAAGUCUAUGUACUGGUAUUUGAACAUCCAGGAAGUUAGCUCACGGCCAAUUCGUUGCCUGGAGUGCUUCCAGCAGGGACAUCUCGCUGAGGUUUGCCCGACAAAGGAGUGUGAGCACUGUGGUGCAUGGGAUGAACAUGCAAGCGCUUCGUGCCCCUCGUGGCGACGAUGCUUGGUAUGCCGGGAAAGAGGACACGAUGGAGAGGACUGCUCAGCUCCCUUGAAAACCUCUCCAGACGAAGCCCCUUGCGAUUUAUGCGGUGUAGCUCACCUGGAAACCCAGUGUAGUCAACGCUUCCGAUUUCCGAUGCGAGAGGCAACCAACUCCAGUAUCAAGGUCGCCAUUUCGUGCGCUCGCUGUCUCAGUAGCCAUCACCUGUAUGGUAAUUGCCCUUCAGUGACGUACUUUUCCUUCUGUGCAUCAUCUUUCUCGCUCAUGGGUCUUGACCCUGCAAUGAUUACCAAUACCAACCACGGUGUGCGACCCGAUCCUCCUCGCCCUAACCGUUUACCACAAGGUCCCGGCCGGGCACGCAAUCAUCGCCGCGGUGGAGGCGGAGGUCGGCGUCCCUCUUCUGACAGCAGUGACGACUUGCCGCGCGCCGGUAAGCGACCACAGCCUGUCAACCGUGGAAAGCCUCGCGGGAACAUUCGAUUUGGCCAUGGCGCAGGUUUAGGAUCCGAUCAGCCCCGAGGUGCCCCUCCCCCCAAUCGAGGCGGAGGAGGAAAUCGAGGUCGCGGAGGGCGCGGAGGUGGCGUUGGUGGUAACAGUCGAGGUGGAGGUGGAAGUGGAAAUGGUGGCGGACGAGGUUUCAAACGCAGAGGGCAGUAG